CAUGUGUAUAGUACACAGUAGUAGUAAAAUAUGGAGGCACCGAGCGAGUCAGUCAAUAUGUCGGCCACAACAGAAGCUGCCGUCGAGGAGGCGGCGAGCGACUAUGCAGCCUUUGCGACCGUUGACAUGGACUCCGAACUGACAGGAAUACAUAACGCUGUUGAAGAAAUGCAAUUACGUUUAGAAGAAUUUACCUCGAUAGUUGGAAUGCUACAGACUAAAGGGGAUAAAGCUAUUACCGACAAUAUGCCGUGUUUUCAAGCCCUACGACCGCAUGUAAAUAAUUUAUGCAAAAGAAUUGAUGCCCUCGACGCUUUUAUUGCAAAGGUUAACGUUGAUCUUAGCACACUCGAAGCGAACAUGGAUGUGGCCGAAUCGACACUCAAACCAUCAGAAAACAAGUUGUCUAUGUUGAAUCCGUUGUCACUUUUCAAAAAAUCGCCAGACCCACCUGAAGAUACAUCCCAGCAAACGGAUUUCGAACCUAUAACAAUUUUUAAAGCUGAUGACUACUUCAAGGGCGAAUCUUCUAAAUCAUGAAACACUUACUUCUCCGAAUGCAGCGCAAAUCAU